CUUAAUUCUCGCGAGAUUUCUCCAACAGCAUUUUCCUUGACGUGAUCGUGACAUUGGGUCCCAGCUGGUGGAAAACACCGGAGCUGCUUCAUCACGCGACCGUGUCACCGAACAGACUCGGAUCAAUAAUGACAUCGAGAGUCCACAGCAAAGGCCCGCGGAUGGCGCCGGUGGAGUUGGCAGCAGGCGGAGUGAAGCAGUGCCGACAGGCUCAGGAUCAGCUGGAGGACGCCAUCGACGGCGUGAUGAGGGCGGAGCAACAGCUGAGGGAGAACGCCAGAGAGGUGCGUGCCGAGCUGCAGAGCUGUGUGAGUCGCCAGCAGGAGGCGCUGCGCUGCAGAGAGGUUUGGCUGCUGGGUCAGAUCGACCUGCUGGAACAACUGAAGACCGAGACCCUGCAGCAACAACUGCACCAGCUGCACUGGCUCCGAGGUCAGUUUGAUGUGAUCUUCCAUCAGUUGCAGAACUCCAACAGCAGCAACGACCUGAGCAACCAGCUGACCAGCUGCAUGGAGAAGUUGUCCUCUCUCAGUCUGACCCCAGAGGAAACACCUGAGAUGAGUUUCCACGCCGACACUCGCUCUCUGAGGCAGGCCAUCACCUCGUUCGGCAGCGUCACAGCUCAGCUUGUGGAGGGUGUGUCCUCUCAGAGCCCCGCCCACCAGAGUAGUCAGUUGCAGAGCUGUCCAAUCACUGCCAAGAAACAGAAGAUGGAGGCCGGCGCUCUGGGAGACUGGCUGCUGGGAACUCCUCCAGCUAGCAGCGCUCCUAUUGGCUACCAGUGCAGCAAGAACCCUCAGGAUUGGCUCAUGUCACACAAGGAGUGCAAGAGUUCCUGUCCCAUCCUGGCCUCGGUGGACUUCCUGCAGGCCUGGGGCCAGCUCAGGGACCUGGAGGCGUGGCUCCUCCAGGACCAGACCCCCGUCAGCAGGGAGAGGACCAACAGCAGCUGCAGCUCCUCCUUCUCCAUCGAGAAGAUCGACGAAUCAGAGUUCGCCGUCUCUCCUGAGGACGAGGAGCUGAGCGACUGGCUCAUCACCCCGCACGCAGUUGCUAUGGAGACCAUGUCAGACGCCGAGCGGUGGCGGCGGGUGUUGAAGCCGUUCGAGGACGGCUGGUCAUCCAGCGAUUGGCUGGUGGGGUCGAGCCGUCCCUCAGCUGACUGCUCCUCCUGCUGCCAGACCACCAAGGCCGUGGAGAUCGAGAAUCUGGGCCAGCUCAAGUGCCUGAAGACCCCGCCCGCCUCCAGCCCCGCCUCCAGCUCUGCCUCCAGCCCCGCCUCCAGCCCCGCCUCCCCCGUUCCCCCGGCAUCCCUGGAGGCGUGGCUGCAGCAGGUGGUCCCGGUGCAGCAGACCUGCAGAGCCAACGAGGUCUGCUCCUCCUACUCCGCCUGCGUCUGCGAUGACAACUGUGGGAAGGAAGCUCUGAGCCUCUGGCUGCUCCGACAGGACGGACGGGACAAGAACGGAGUCCCUGUAGCCCCGCCCACUAACAAGAAUGCCCCACCUCCUGUAAAGAUGGCCCCGCCCACGCUGCACCUCAGGGAGCAGGAACAGAAGGUUCAGGCCAUUCUGGAGGCCUGGCUCCACCCCACCAACACCUCCUCCUGCAGGACUCUCAGCUCCUCCCUCUCAGCCUGGGUGGCUCCAGAGGAGGAGAAGGCCAGCAGGGAAGAGCACAGCUCCCAGUUCAAGCCGCCCUCCUCCUCCUCCUCCUCCUCCUCCCUAUUCCAGCGCCCUCUGGAUCCAGAACUCUGGGUGCUUCCAGGACAGACGUCCCCUCCUGCUCUGGGGUCAGGAGGUCAGCCAGCAGCAGAGGAGGACAAAUGGUUGCUAAAGAAGAGGAGUCAGGCUCAGGAGCGCUUGGCGUUGCCCACUGUCUGUGACCUGUUCUCGUGUAUGAAGGUGGGCGGAGACAAAGACAAAUGGCUGCAGAAGGCUCCUGAACAGAUGUGAUGAAGAUGAUGAAGAUGAAGAUGAUGGUGGUGGAUAGUUCUUCUUCUCUCCUCUGGGAGUCACUUUAUCGCUGAUCAGCGCACACGAUCAAUAUAACCGCCGCCGCCUUCCUGUGACAUCACUAAGCUGAGCCGCUGCCCGCCGCUCUCCUCCGAUCAGGAUCAAUACCCACCGAUCAACAGCUCCACUGGCAGUCUGAUGGACGGCCUCCAACCCAGUGGUCGUCAUGACGACAGUGAUGUCAGCUGUGACUGAUGAAUUGAACAGAGCUGUUUAGAUUAUUGAUUAGUUAUUAAUAUCAGAAUUAAUUGAUUAUUGUUGAGAAACAAUAAUUAUAUUUACAACCCAUUGGCUGUCAAAUCCCAGAAUGCAUUUCACCGGCUGAUCCUGAUGGGAGGGGAGGGGGCGGAGCCUGAGGGGACAGGGUAGAGUGGGCGGAGUUAAAGCUAAUUAUAAUAUUAUAUAACGACUUUAUUUUAAUGAUUAAUGAUCACUUCAUUUAACACAAUAUUCAUUUUCUUCUUUGUUGGUUUUUUCCUGUGAAACUACAGAGAUCCACUUCCUGUCCAGACUGCAGGCUGCUUGCAUCACUUCCUCUUGAUGUUUGCACAUGCUCAGUAGUGUUUAGACAUUAGUCUCACAGGCGGCGCUUAUAUGAUACAAAUAAUAAAAGAACUCUGUUUCCCAGAAUGCCUUGGGUGGAAGCAGCCUGCAGUCUGUUCUCUGCAGUGAUUGGUGCUUUUAUUAAAGCUCUUUUAUUUUACUUUUAUUUUACUUUUAUUUUACUUGGUGGGGGGGGGGUGCUUCUGUCAUAUAUAGCUGUGAUGUCAUCAGUAAUAAAAUAUGCUGACAUCA